AUGGACCAAUCGAUGGAGAAGCUGUUGAAUGAGUCGCUCCUGUCUGGCAGUUCCCCGGCGGGCUGCAUGAUGGAUGGGAUUACUGUCCUCCCCGUCGGUGGCUGCGACGGGCUGCUCAACCUGAGCUACGUGCCUUCGAAUCGGGAAAAUCCCGAGUAUGCACCGCCGAUGCACAAGCCCCCGGAUCAGCUGGUUCCAGACUUCAUCCUCGGUUUGCCCCGGCACUGCUCCACGCCCAAAAAGAACGGUCGCCCGGUGUCGAUGUACGAGCCGUGGGUUACGCCGGCGACGGGCUUUACCUCGCUUCCGGCGGAAAUGCUUCGCAAAGCGUCGAAGGUGAUCGACUUCGAGACGGAAGCGGCCGACAUUGGUGCAGCUGGCGCGUCGAAAUCUUGCUGGGAAGCGGAAGACGCGGACGAGUUCAUCACCACGCUCGACGAGUCCGCCAUCUUGGACAUCGAAUCGUUCGAGGAUCUGAGCCACAUCUUCCCGGGGGCCCAGCCCGCGGCCAACAAUAACAACAACCAGAAGCUAAUCGUUGCCGCCGACGUACACCGUCAUUACCAGCAGCCACAGCACCACGCACCGCACCAAACCAGUUACCAGCGGCAUCUGUACGAGUAUCCGGACCGCGAAGGGAGCCAGGAUUCGCAGUACGAGGGCAUCGAGAUUUACGCCACGGUCAAGAAGAAGCCCCGCGAACGCACGCCUCAGUCCGCGAUCGACCGCACGAUCAUGGUAGACACGCAGGCGCUACUGCUCGCCGGUGGCUCCUCCGGGGCGCCGAUGGAAAAGUUCCCGAAAAUUAUGACCACCUCCUGUUACGGUGAGCUGGACAGCGUAGGGACGUCCGGUCCGCUGGCGUGGGCCCAGCUGGGCGCGAUCGUGAAAAGCAACGAGAAUCUGCUCGAUUCCUCGGCCAAGGCCCAAGGAGGCCUGUCGAUGAACAGUUCCAUCAUCGACGAGCUGCCGUCGGGCAACAGUUCAAUCUACGAACCGAACUCGAUGAACUCUUCGAUCGACUUUGCGGUGCGAUUUGCGACGACCGAGCGGACGCGGGUCCGCUGGUGGGACGACUUUACCGAGGAAACGGAAGCCGAGCUGCAGGACAUUGCCGAAAAAGAUAUGCUGUCCGCGAAUGGUGCCAUCUACCAGCCGCUGAGCCGCAAGAUACAGGGCUACGGCAGCAGCACCCACCUGAUGUCACCGUUGGGAUCACCGCAGCCUCAGAGCCGUUCGCAGAUGCGAACGAAUGGACACUUUUCUUCGAUCUACCAGAACCCCGCCGAAGUGCUAUCAUCGGAGCGCUACAAGCUGAAGGAUCGGCCACCGAAAUGUCCCGCGGGAAAGGUGGAACCGCAGUACGCGAGUAUCGGCCCCGGCUCCGGCUCCGGCCCUACGGCGGGAGCGACGAAGACCCGCAGCGAAGUCACGGCCGGGAGUUGCGCGACGCCACCACAGAACCGUCGCCGGCUGUUCAUCCCGAAGAAUCUCCGCAGCCCGUUCGGGUACCGGCGCAGCAACGGCACCACGGCCGACCACUCCACACUGUCGGCAGGUCUAGCGUCGCUGCUGAAUCCGGCAACCUAUCACCGGGCGACGACGGCCGCCGCCAGUAAGCUGGCCCGCUCGGUGGCCGGGGCCCGAGCCGCCACCGGAGGCCAGCAGCAACCAUCGGCCGGCAUCAGCAAGCGCCAGCGGGCUGCCGCCGGGAGCGGCACCGAUGGCCAUAAACUUCACCGGCUCAGCCUGCAGGUCGGGACGUCCGCGUCGAUGGUUUUCGGCAAAAUCAAGUCCCUCUGGUCGGCCCAGGCGACGACGGCCAGCGCGGGACUGAAUCAAUUAGCAGACGACGAGGGGGGCAACGUGAAGCCACUGAUGCUGAACGGUAAAUCAAAGACCUCGCAGGACGAGCUGCAGGUGCGGCUGGGCUUCUUCCUGGAGAACAACUCGACGCGGCGCAAUCUACGCGCCCCGAACCAAUCCUGCAGCUCGCUAACGUCGGCCAACACGAGUCCCGUGUCCACGCUGACCGGAUCGUCCGAAGCGGAUGUGUCGCGGGUGCUGACGCUGCAGGAACCCAACCACUACCACACUGGUUGUGAGUCGAUCGGCUCGAUGAUGUCGGUGUCCGUGUCGGAGCAGAGCAACGCCUCGUCGAGCCCGGUCAGUCGACGCCACUCGGUCACCACCUCCCAAAGCGGCAGCAACGUCGACGAUCUGCUGGCGUUCAAGGGCCGCCGAACGACGGUGCGCCGGUCGGCCCGCUCCGGCCAGAUCCGGGGUCCGAUCGAUCCGAAGGUCCGUUUCGCGCAGUACCGCCAGCAGCAGCUGACCCUCAAGCCGUUGUUCUUCGAGGUGCCGACGCAGGAUCCGGACCCGCCGUUCAUCGGGCGCCACUGGUUGGUGCGCGAGCUGGCCACGGCCGUCCAGUCGGCCGACUCGCCCGGUGUCCUGCUGAGCGGCAACCUGGGCACCGGCAAGACGGCCCUCCUACUGCAGCUGGUCGAGUACUCGUGCUUCGGGCGGCGCAAGGAGAUGGCCAUCCAGGAGGCGAGCGACGGCAUCUACUGCCAGAUCAACGUGGCGCACGAUCGGUUGCGCAGCUUGGCGUCGCACAUCGUGGCGUACCACUUCUGCCAGGCGGACAACAUCUCCACCUGCCUCAUACCGGACUUUGUGCAUUCGCUGGCCGCCCAGCUCUGCCAGGCGCCGCAGCUGGCGGCGUACCACGAGUUCCUGCUCGGGGAGCACGCGCUGCAGCACGUGCUGAGCGUGAAGGAGUGCAUCGCCGACCCGGAGCGGGCGAUGGUGAUGGGCAUCCUGGAGCCGUUGGCCACGCUGCGCCGGGUCGGCAAGAUCCCGCCGAAAAACUGCGCCAUCCUGAUCGACGGCCUGUGCGAGGCGGAGUACCAUCGGCCCGACCACGGCGAUACGAUCGCGUCGUUCCUGCAGCGCCUGAGUGACCGGUUUCCGCCGUGGCUCAAGGUGAUCGCCACCAUCCGGACGCAGAUGCUCGAGUUUAGCAAGGGCCUGCCGUACACGAAGCUGAGCCUGGACGCGUGGACCACGAACGAGUCGCUCCAGAAGGACAUCCUCGAGUACGUGACGUUCCGCAUCAACCAGAGCGCGAGCAUUCAGCACAACGUGGCGGGCGGCCGUGGGGUCGAGAUCGUCAACACGAGCGCCCACUUCAAGUUCGCCCAGCACCUGCUGGCCCUGACCAAGGGCUCGUUUCUGUUCGCGAAGCUCACGCUCGAUCUGAUCGAGCGGGGCAGCCUGGUGAUCAAGUCGAGCAGCUUCAAGGUGCUGCCCGUGUCGCUGGCGCAGAUCUUCCUGCUCAACUUCAACCUGCGCUUCCCGACGGCGGCCGCGUACGAUCGGAUCUCGAACAUUCUCGCCGUCUGCCUGGCCGCCCUCUAUCCGCUCACGCUCACCGAGAUCUUCUACUCGCUCAACGCGCUGAUCGCGAGUGACCGGGGUCAGUCCGCCGGGGACGACGACAUCGAGGCCGCCGAUGGUGGUGGCGACGGGGAUGGGAUCGAUUGGGACGAGUUUCUGUGUCGCUUCAAAACGCUGACCGGCUUCCUGGUGAAGCGCAUCGACAACACGUACAUGUUCUUCCACCCGUCGUUCAGGGAGUGGCUGUUGCGGCGCGACGACGGCGAGAGCACCAAGUUCCUGUGCGACCUACGCAACGGACACGCGGGCAUUGCGCUGCGCCUGUCGCGCCUACAAGCGCCGCUCGAUCCGGACCAGGCACUCGAGCUGGGCCACCACAUCCUGAAGGCGCACCUUUACCGGAGUGCACCGGCCCAGUCACCGCGGGACCUGCAGGCGUACUGGGUCGCGUCCGUGACCGGGUGCGUCUCGUCCGCCCUGUCCACGCUCCGCAACGUGUACAGCCCGAACGUGAAGGUGUCCCGGUUGCUGCUGCUGGCCGGUGCCUCACCCGACCAUCCGACACCGUUCCUCGGGAGCGCCCCGAUCCUGUGCAUUGCGGCCCACGAGGGCAUCCUGCCGAUGGUGAACCUGCUGCUCGAGUUCGGCGCGAGUGUCGAGCUGGCCAACAGCCAAGGCUGCACGCCGCUCAUACUGGCCGCCUCGAAGGGCCACUGUGACGUGGUGCGGCAGCUGGUGGCGGCCGGAAGUUGCCUCGGGCAGACCGAUACCUCGCAGCGGUGCGCGCUGGUGCACGCGGCCAUCGCCGGUCGGUUGCAGGUGGUCAAGUAUCUGGUCGCCUGCGACUGGCUGCCCCGGCGGGAGAGUGGCGCGGCGCCGGCCGACGUGACGCUCGAGCAGGCCGCCCAGCAGUCGCUGAUAGCGGCCGCCGGCCAGGGCAACACGGAGAUCACGGAGGACUUCCUCGAUAUGGGCGAGGUGCAGGUGAACCGGCUGGACGUGAUCACGGGCGAAACGGCCCUCACGACGGCCUGCGCCAACGGGCACACGGAAACGAUCGCCAUCCUGCUGAGUCGGGGCGCCUCGACGGAGGUGCGCAACCGGAAGGAGAUGACCCCGCUGCUGAUCGCCGUCAAGGAGGGCCACUGGGCGAUCGUCGAGCGGUUGCUGCAGCACCAGGCACAGGAUGUCGAGCUGACCGAGACGAACGGCAAAACGGCCCUGAUGGUUGCGGCCGAAGAGGGUCACGUCGGGAUCAUCGAACUGCUGCUCAAUCGAGGAGCUGCAUUGACCGUGCAGGAUAAGGACGGACUGACGGCACUCAGCUGGGCGUGCCUGCGCGGAAAGCAACAGGCGGCCAAGUGCCUGCUGGAACGCGGGGCCGACCGGCAGCACGCGGAUAGCACGGGCCGGACGCCCCUCGACCUGGCCGCCUACCAGGGAUCGGCUUCGCUCGUCCAAAUGCUGCUCGAUCACGGGGCGCAGAUCGAACACGUGGACAUUAACGGGAUGCGCCCGUUGGAUCGUGCCAUCGCUUGCCGGAACGUGCAGGUUGUGCAGGUGUUUCUGAAACGCGGCGCCAAACUCGGUCCCGCCAC